UUCCUUUUUCCAACAUCACAGGCUCUAUACCCAACCUGAACAACAUAAUUGACCUGCCGACACCGCAGCCUUCGCAGGAAUCCCAGCGCAACAGUUUCGUCGAUCGGAUACAGCACGGCAUCGCGGACAAACUUCAAUCGCUGGGUCACUUGGGACAUGGCGAUACCAGCGACGGCAGCAGGCAGGGCAAAAGCGGAACAGUGCACCCGAUGUUGACGGUGACGCCGAGUCCGAUGGGAGGCAGCACCUCGAUACUGCCGGCCCCGUUCCGGCGGUCGGCAGAUUCGAGCCCAUCUCACAGCCACAGUCACAGUCACUCGCAGAUGUCACGGAACUCGUCCCGCAAGAGCAACAAUUCGGUAAACUGUCGGAUAGAAGACAUUCGGUUACCUCCCCGAAAGCAAUCCUAUUUGGAUCCGCUGCUCUUCAAGGUGCCUCUGAAAGACGUCGUGUGCUAUCUAUCCCUGCUGGAGGCUGGCCGACCGGAAGACAAGCUGGAGUUCAUGUUCCGGCUGUACGAUACCGACAGCAACGGGGUCCUGGACACGACCGAAACGGACGCCAUCGUAAAUCAAAUGAUGUCAGUGGCAGAAUACCUCGGCUGGGACGUGUCCGAACUGAGGCCGAUCCUGCAAGACAUGAUGACCGAAAUCGACUAUGAUGGCGAUGGAUGCGUUUCAUUGGAAGAAUGGCAACGGGGAGGGUUAACCACUAUUCCAUUGCUAGUGCUGCUGGGUGUCGACAACACCCUCAAAGAGGACGGCUACCACGUGUGGCGACUGAAACACUUCAGCAAGCCGGCUUACUGCAAUAUGUGCCUCAACAUGCUGGUCGGGCUCGGCAAGAAAGGACUCUGCUGCGUCUUGUGCAAAUACACGGUCCACGAGCGGUGCGUCCAGCGGGCCCCGGCCUCCUGCAUCGCCACCUACGUCAAGUCGAAAAAGUCCAAAACCACUUCAACCUUCCAGCACCACUGGGUCGAGGGCAACUGCUACGGACGGUGCUCCAAGUGCCGAAAGCGGAUCAAAGCGUACAACGGCAUCACCGGACUGACCUGCCGCUGGUGCAGGAUGAUGCUUCACAACAAAUGUGCCUCUCUAGUGAAAGCGGAAUGCUCGUUGGGUGAAUUCGCCAACAUGGUGCUACCUCCUACAGUCAUCUGUCCUGCGGUGCUCGACCGACAAAAGUCCAUCAAUUAUGCGACUAGUCGGGGCAAGAAUGUCCCUUCAACGAUCCACUUUCAAAUAACCGCCACCGAAAAAAUCUGCCCUCUGUUGGUGUUCAUCAAUCCGAAAAGUGGAGGACGUCAAGGGGAUCGAAUCCUUCGGAAGUUUCAGUACCUGUUGAACCCGCGGCAAGUGUACGACCUGUCCAAAGGUGGACCGCUGGAAGGACUGACGAUGUUCAAGGACGUUCCCAACUUUAUGGUGAUAUGCUGCGGAGGCGAUGGCACCGUCGGGUGGGUUUUGGAGGCGAUGGAUUCAAUCGAGCUGCAGUGCCAGCCAUCGAUAGGGGUCAUACCGCUGGGUACCGGAAACGAUUUGGCUCGGUGUCUUCGGUGGGGAGGGGGCUACGAGGGCGAAAGUAUUCCUAAGAUAUUGGACAAGAUACAGCGCUCGUCGGUGGUGAUGCUGGACCGAUGGAGCAUAGAGGUGAAAAACCACCCGUCGACGGGGGAAGACACGCCACUAAUUCCGGCUCAUAAGGUACUACAGGUGACUCUUUCGGAGAAUGUACAAAAAGUGAUAGAACUCUCACAUAGGAUAAUAGUAGAAAAAUCUGUGAUUCAAUCGUACGACGAAACGAAAAAUAGUACAAAAACAACUGAAAUAUCGAUAGAGAACACGAAACGAGUCGUUCUGAGUGACAAUAACGGCACGGCCACGACGCAUCAGCACCAGCAGCACCAGCAGUCGUCCACCAUGAUGACAACUUCGAUGUCUUCCUCCUCGUCGAAGGAAAUUACUCAGCAAACAGUCAACACGACCAGCAACGGGGACGUUGGCAAAACCCUGCCGCCGCACUCGGAACCGGUCGUUAAUGGCACCAGCAGCCGAUGCCAAACGGAAGUCAUCAAUGGCAACGCUGACGGCGAUGAUUGCCCCUCCUCGGCCGUCGAAAGUAAAGACGUCGACGAUAACGACGAUAAGACACGCGCUGCUGCCCUUCAGCACGGCAACCAUCACCACAGCCAUAACCAUUCGGACGCGGUGAACCCGGCGGACGCAGAGCAGCACGAGAUUCCUGCCACGCCGACCACCCCGUCGGUUCCAACGGCCAGGGAGAAAGCGGUCGACCUGCCCAAGCUGAUGAAGCCGCAAGCCACGGCAUCGGAAUUCACCGUCCCCUACAAUAUCGUCAACAACUACUUCUCCGUGGGUGUGGACGCUGCCAUCUGUGUUAAAUUCCAUCUAGAGCGCGAGAAAAAUCCUCAUAAAUUCAACAGCCGGAUGAAGAACAAGCUGUGGUAUUUCGAAUACGCCACGUCGGAAACGUUCGCCGCAUCGUGCAAAAAUCUCCAUGAAAGUCUGGAAAUUGUGUGCGACGGUGUCUCGUUGGAGCUCGCCAACGGUCCCCAGCUGCAGGGCAUCGCGCUGCUCAACAUCCCGUACACCCACGGCGGUUCGAAUCUGUGGGGCGAAAAUCUGUCCCAGAAGCGGAUGCGCAAGGGCCCGUUCCGGAAAAAGUUGAAAAACUCGGACAAGGAGCUUUCGGCCAACAGCUUCAACUCGGUCGACCUGUCGAUUGCCAUUCAAGACAUUGGCGAUCGCCGGAUAGAGGUUAUUGGAUUGGAAAAUUGCCUGCACAUGGGUCAGGUGCGGACCGGGCUCAGAGCUUCCGGGCGGCGUUUGGCCCAGUGCAGCGAAGUGGUGCUGACAACGAAGAAAACUUUUCCCAUGCAAAUCGACGGCGAACCGUGGAGGCAGGGUCCGUGCACGAUUCGACUCACCCACAAAAACCAAGUCCCGAUGCUGAUGGGGCCCCGUUCGGAGAAAACUGGCGGCUUUUUCAACUUCCUCAAAAGAUGACUAUCGAAGAAGCCCGACACGGACAGCCCCUUGAACGAGGGCUAGCCAAGCGCCAGCCUCUCGGACGCGUAACGAUGACGCGGACGCUGAGAGGGAGGGAGGGAGCGACAGGCAGACCGACAUAUCCGGAUUAGGACUUCGAUGAUGGCGGUGGCAGAAACAACACAAACGAAGUGAAACUUUCGAACGGAAAAGCUUUAACUCGGAACCAACCAAGAAUCACAUUAAACUAAGGCAGGGGAGCAUGGGGGGAACACAAAGACACUCAUACACACAGUUCCUCCGAGGAGUUUUUAACCAUUCUAUUGAUAGCUGUAGCUUUCCUACAAGCAUUUACACAAAACACGAACUUCCUUCCGUACACACCUGUAUGAUACACCUUAGCUUUACAGCAGAAAUGACUUAAUUAAAACAAACACGAUUUCGUAUCGAAAUUCGUAAUAAAAGUUGUAGAACUAAUAAGUGAUAAUAAUAGUAGCAAAAGAAAAUCAACUAUUUAUUAAUAGAGAAGACACAAACUGUAGAACAUAAUUUGCACAUUUUAAAAUAAUUGAUAUGAUUAGCGAUUCCUGUUACUUCUAGUGGGCAUCAGGUGACGAAUAGGUUUAUGCUAUGCUUGGAUUUGAUCCCGCACGCUUAUUCGAGCGCAUCUCAUCUGAAGAAAAUGACCCAGCGAAGACUUCCUCUAUCCACAUGACAUUAAUAGCAGACACUUUUAGAUGUACUUCCCUACUUGAGGCUCAAGCAUCCAACGAAGGAUGCCAUGCUAUCGGAUAAUUAUCGCCAAAGGUCAAAACUCGUUAGUGCGCGGUGCAUAAAUUUACAACUUCGAAACGGAAUACCACUUUAUUAGAAGGUAGCAAGUAAUCUGUUAUUUUUGUAUUAUUCUGUAUAGUAAUUUUAAAUAAACCACUAUUUAACAUCUUG